CGUUGUCGGUGAGCACGGGCCCGCGGAGCCAUGCUGGGCGUCAUCAAAAACUCGCUUUUCGGGGCCGUGGAGACGUGGCCGUGGACCGUCCUCAGCCACGGGGGCACGGACGACGUCCCGUAUGAGGAGCGGGCAUGCGAGGGCGGCAAGUUUGCCACGGUGGAGGUGGUGGGCAAGCCCUUCGACGAGGCUCUGCGGGAGGCCAUGCCCAAGGUGGUCAAGUACGCGGGAGGCACCAAUGAACAGGGCGUCGGGAUGGGCAUGUCCGUCCCAGUGUCGUUCCUCGUGUUCCCGGCUGAAGACGGCUCCUUCCAGCAGAAGGUGAAGGUCUGCUUUCGGAUCCCCAGCUCCUUCCAAGCCAACCCUCCCCUUCCCACCGACUCCAGCAUCCAGAUCGAGCAGCGUGAACCCAUGACAGUCUUCUCCUCGCAAUUUGGGGGGUUCGCCAAGGAGGCCGACUAUGCAGCCCGUUGGGCCCAACUGCACUCGGUCCUGGAGGGCAUCGGCCCCCUGCGCCGCGACUGCUGCUACUUCACCGGCUACGACCCACCCAUGAAGCCCUUCGGACGUCGCAAUGAGGUCUGGCUGGUUAGAGAGUGAGGGGCCGGGGGGAUCCCGCACUGAAACAGCAUCCCCCCCCCCCACUGCAAAUAUGCUGCCUCUCCCCUCACCCCCUUUUCCUGCGUAAAAACCAAGUGCUGACCAAUAAAGGACCCCGAACCCAAUGACA